CAGUGCUAACUCUCAGCCACACGUGCUGCCAAAAGCCAACAAAAACGCAAGCAAAAUAAAAGCGUUAAAACAGAAAGCAAAACAAACGCCGGCAACGAUCUUGUCUGGUUAUAAAGAAAAAAACUAGAGGCGUCGACUGAGGCAGCGCAGCUGGCAGAACAUACGGCGAUUAGAUUCAGUUUGAUUCAGAACUUGACGGGCUGCGGACGUUCCCAGGUUGCCAGCCAGAAACCGAGGCGAACUGAAUCGAAAACUAAUAAUCUUUUUAGCAAAAAGUGUAGCUGUGCAUAUUAUGAAAUUAUAGUAACAGAUUCGCCCGUUUAAGCCAAUCAACAACUGUGAUAAGUGCCAAGAUGAACAGCAAGCUGCAGACCAUCUCCAAAUAUCUGCUGAGGCAGAAAUGUGCCUUCAACUCGAUGCGCAGCAUCUCCACCUCGAUGCCCAACCUGAUCAGCCAUAAGCAUCACAUCGGAAAGGAGCCCUUGGUGUACCGCACCAUUGGCCAGCAGCUGGAGCUAUCAGCGGGCGACUACGGCGAUGUGGAGGCGAUUGUCUCCUGCCACGAGGGCAAGCGGUACACCUUCAGCAGUUUGCUGCAGGAAGCGGAUGCCAUGGCGGCGGGUUUCCGGAAGCUGGGCCUCCAGCCGGGCGAUGCCGUUGGUCUGUGGGCACCCAACUACAUGCACUGGUACUUGGGCAUGAUGGGAGCAGCCCGGGCGGGUCUCACCUCGGUGGGUCUGAAUCCCGCUUACCAGGCACCGGAAAUAGCCUACUGCCUGAAUAAGGUCAAUGUGAAGGCCAUCAUUGCGCCGGAGACCUUCAAGACGCAGAACUACUAUGAGAUUUUGAGGGAUAUUUGUCCGGAAAUCUCGGAUGCGGAGCCUGGCAAGAUCCGGAGUGAGAAGUUCCCGCACCUGCAAUCCGUAAUCAUCGACAGCAAUGAUGGCCUGAAGGGCGCCCUGCGCUUUGAUGACUUCCUCGACCUGGCCAACAAGUCGGAGCGCGAAGAGGUGGCCAAAAUCCAGAAGAACAUUCUGCCAGAGUCGCCGUGCAAUAUUCAAUUCACAUCGGGAACCACUGGCAAUCCCAAGGCCGCUUGCCUUACCCAUAACAAUUUCGUCAACAAUGGCAUCCAUGUGGGCAAUCGCAAUGAACUGGAGGGCGAGCGGAUCUGUGUGCAGGUGCCCAUGUUCCAUGCCUUCGGUGUGAUCAUUAGCAUCAUGGCUGCACUGACCAAAGGAGCCACCAUGGUCCUGCCCGCGGCCGGUUUCAGUCCCAAGGACUCGCUGCAAGCCAUCAUCAAUGAGAAGUGCUCGGUGAUCCAUGGCACACCCACCAUGUAUGUGGAUUUGAUCAACACCCAGAAGAAGCUGCAGGUGCCGCUGGGCAGGAUCAAGAAGGCCAUCACCGGAGGUGCCAUUGUGUCGCCGCAGCUGAUCAAGGAUGUGAGACAGGUUCUCAAAGUGGAAACGGUUCACAGUGUCUAUGGCCUUACGGAAUCCACAGCGGUGAUCUUCCAGUCCUUGCCCGGCGAUCACAGCGAUGUUGUCCUGAACUCAGUGGGCCAUCUGAUGGAUCACGUCGAGGCCAAGGUGGUGGAUGCCGAGGGCAGGUGUGUGCCAUUCGGACAGCCCGGAGAGCUGUGCGUCCGCGGAUACACCACGAUGCUGGGCUACCACGGGGAUGAGGAGAAAACGAAGGAAACCAUCGGUACAGAUAGGUGGCUGCGCACGGGAGAUCAGUUUGUCCUGGAGGCCAAUGGAUAUGGACGGAUUGUGGGUCGCCUGAAGGAGAUGCUCAUUCGUGGCGGCGAAAAUAUUUUCCCCAAGGAGAUUGAAGACUUUGUUAACACCCACCCCCAGGUCAUUGAGACUCAUGUGAUUGGAGUGCCUGAUGAGCGAUUGGGUGAGGAAGUCUGCGCCUAUGUUCGCCUGGAGGAGGGCGUUGACCCCGCCACCUUCACCGCGGCGACCUUGAAGGCCUAUGCCAAGGGCAAGCUGGCCCACUUUAAGGUGCCCAGAUAUGUGAUCCCCAUAGAUGCAUUCCCAAAAACCACCUCGGGCAAGAUCCAGAAAUUCAAGCUGGUAGAGGAUUUUAAGGCAAAGGAAACAGAGCUAAAAGCUGCCACAGCUUAGUCGUUUAAUUUGAGUAAUUUUUUUAAAAUAAAAAAAUAAAAAUUAAUUACGAUUUUAAGUCAAAUAUUUCGGUUUAUUA